GACUUUGGACUUGAGAGACCCCAUAGAGAGAAACAAGAGAGAGAGAUAGAAGAACGCAAUAAAGGAGCCCAUAAAAACGAAGUAAAAAAGACUCAUAAAUUAAAGAAAAAGGAAAAAAAAUGGCUCCUAAAAAGUUCAACUAUUUUUCAUUGUUUUUCUUAACCUUGGUUGCUCUUCUUAUUGCCCAGAGUACAACUGUAGAAGCAAGAAAAUUCAUUGGUGUCAACCAAUUUUGCACUACUGCCAGCCACAAGAAACUCUGCACAAAAAUGGUGAAUGGUGCUACAAACAUGCACGAUGCAACACAAAAUGCCAUUCUGGAAACCCUUGGUCUUGCUAAAAAAAUUCAAUCCAUGUCUCAUUUGAUCGAACCGGCUAUUGCAAAUUUGGAACCUGUAAGCCAGGAAUCAAUUCGGAGUACUUGUAAGGACAAUUUCGAUAACAUCGUUGAUGAUCUCGAGACAAGCCUGCAAGCCCUAAAAGACAAUGAUCAAGGCACGUUGUUGACAUAUUUGAGCGCAUCGGCCAGCACCGAUUGUGGGGAUGCACUUCAAGAAUUUAGUGUUGAUAACCCAUUGAGCAAAGUCACCGGGCAUUUGGCCAAAGAAGUAGACAAUUGCUUGGCAGUGGUGCAGCAAAUCUAAGUUCCUUGAUUUUCAAUUAAGGACCUCGAAAUGCUAAAUAGCUUGGUUGCUGAAUAGGGUUUGACAAAAUAAUGAACAAAUUUUAUUUUUUUUUUUGUUUUUUUCUUACUAUUAUCCUGUGCCGUCCAAUUCUCUCUGCGGAGCAUGUCAUAAAUAUAUAGUACUUUAUUCUAUAAUUUGUCUGCACACGUACAUUGUGUUUUUGAAUGCAGAAUUGAGCGUCUUGUUAAGGUAAAUUUGAAUGUUCAUUUAGGUGUUCCUCAUACAAAUAAUUAAUCAUAUGGAAUUCCCAUGUUUGUUGGAUGUAUAAA